AAGCCUCCCGUCACAGUGGAAGCCUCCCUUUCCCUUCUCGAGCCGGCAAGGAGAAGUCAGCCCUGCCGCAGUCCGCCCUCCACCCACCGACCCAGAGCACCUCUCAUCCUCUCUUUACACAACUAUUCGGCAACAUGUCUAAGGGACCAGCGGUCGGUAUCGAUCUUGGGACCACCUACUCCUGUGUUGGUGUGUUCCAGCAUGGCAAAGUUGAAAUUAUUGCCAACGACCAGGGCAACAGGACCACACCCAGCUACGUGGCCUUCACCGAUUCUGAGAGGCUGAUCGGAGAUGCCGCCAAAAAUCAGGUCGCCAUGAACCCCACCAACACAGUUUUUGAUGCCAAACGCCUGAUUGGUCGCAGGUUUGACGACCUAGUUGUGCAGUCAGACAUGAAGCACUGGCCGUUUAAUGUGGUCAAUGAUAACACUCGCCCAAAGGUCGAAGUUGAGUACAAAGGCGAGACAAAGUCCUUCUACCCAGAGGAGGUCUCGUCUAUGGUGCUGACAAAGAUGAAGGAGAUUGCUGAAGCCUACCUCGGAAAAACUGUCAACAAUGCUGUAAUUACGGUACCUGCCUACUUCAAUGACUCCCAGCGUCAGGCCACUAAGGAUGCCGGCACCAUUUCUGGUCUUAACGUUCUGCGAAUCAUCAACGAGCCAACUGCUGCUGCCAUCGCCUACGGGUUGGACAAGAAGGUUGGCUCUGAGAGGAACGUCCUCAUCUUUGACCUCGGCGGCGGCACCUUCGACGUGUCCAUCCUGACCAUCGAAGACGGCAUCUUUGAGGUCAAGUCCACCGCUGGAGACACACAUCUGGGUGGGGAAGACUUCGACAACCGCAUGGUCAACCACUUCAUCGCAGAGUUCAAGCGUAAAUACAAGAAGGACAUCAGCGACAACAAGAGGGCCGUGCGUCGCCUGCGCACCGCCUGCGAGAGGGCGAAGCGCACGCUGUCUUCCAGCACCCAGGCCAGCAUCGAGAUCGACUCGCUGUACGAGGGCGUCGACUUCUACACCUCCAUCACCAGGGCUCGCUUCGAGGAGCUCAACGCUGACCUUUUCCGCGGCACCUUGGACCCCGUGGAGAAGUCGCUGCGUGACGCCAAGAUGGACAAAGGGCAGAUCCACGACAUCGUGUUGGUCGGAGGCUCCACCCGUAUCCCCAAAAUCCAGAAGCUGCUCCAGGACUUCUUCAACGGGAAGGAGCUCAACAAGAGCAUCAACCCAGAUGAAGCUGUGGCUUAUGGAGCUGCUGUCCAGGCGGCCAUCUUGUCUGGUGAUAAGUCAGAGAAUGUGCAGGACCUGCUGCUCCUGGACGUCACCCCUCUGUCUCUGGGUAUCGAGACCGCUGGAGGCGUCAUGACCGUCCUCAUCAAGAGAAACACCACCAUUCCCACCAAGCAGACUCAGACCUUCACCACCUACUCCGACAACCAGCCUGGUGUGCUCAUCCAGGUCUAUGAAGGAGAGCGUGCCAUGACCAGAGACAACAACCUGCUGGGGAAGUUUGAGCUGACCGGUAUCCCCCCCGCCCCCCGCGGCGUUCCCCAGAUCGAGGUCACGUUCGACAUCGACGCCAACGGCAUCAUGAACGUCUCCGCUGUGGACAAGAGCACCGGCAAGGAGAACAAGAUCACCAUCACCAACGACAAGGGGCGUCUGAGCAAGGAGGACAUCGAGAGGAUGGUCCAGGAAGCCGAGAAGUACAAGGCUGAAGACGACGUGCAGCGGGACAAAGUGUCCUCCAAGAACGGCCUGGAGUCCUACGCCUUCAACAUGAAGUCCACGGUGGAGGACGAGAAGCUCGCUGGCAAGAUCAGCGACGACGACAAGCAGAAGAUUCUGGACAAGUGCAACGAGGUCAUCAGCUGGCUGGACAAGAACCAGACGGCCGAGAGGGAUGAAUACGAGCAUCAGCAGAAGGAGCUGGAGAAGGUGUGUAACCCCAUCAUCACCAAACUGUACCAGAGUGCUGGAGGCAUGCCUGGUGGGAUGCCUGAGGGUAUGCCUGGUGGCUUCCCUGGAGCAGGAGGAGCUGCUCCUGGAGGAGGAUCCUCCGGGCCAACCAUCGAGGAGGUCGACUAAACGUUAACCCUUCAGCUGCCACAUCUGAGAUGUUUUCUAAGAGAGGAACCCUCUUACAGCACACGCUGAAGAGUGUCAUUUAAAUAAAAUCUGGGUUCAGGGAUCACUUAUUGCAUGGUUUGAGACACUAAACUGGGAACAACUUUUGGUUGGUACAAUUGAUCUGUCAGUGAACAUGUCUGCUAGAGUUUUUUUGUAUACGAAGGUGUCACUACCUUAACAAUAAAAAGUCUUAACCCCCUCA